AUGUCGCGGCAAUCAGACUACUCUUCCAGCGCUAGCACUCCUGCUAUGCCGACCUCAACCCAGGAUGAUCGUAGAGCUCUGAUGGAGCCGAGCAAGGCCUUGCAAGGAUUAGGACAAGCCUCGCCCGCCGAGCCUCGAUUGACCGAUCAAGAGCGUAAGUCUGCAAUUCCCCCAGAUGCGCAUACAUGCAGAGAGGUGGAUCUGAUUCAAUAUCACCUCUUUUUUGCGCGGUCGUUUUGCGCAUUCCAUCGCAAUAUCCCCCCUCCCGCAUACAAUUCAAUCCUCAAAGGAGAAGUGCUAGCGAGCGUAACUCGAAAGAUUCGUAGAUGGCGCAACGUUGGAGUAUUAGGCGGAGGCAUCUUUGCAGGUAUCCUAGUAACGCGUCGAAAAUUCUCUCCCAUAGCUCGAUUGUUUGGUAUAGGAGCAGGAAUGGGCAUCGGAGGAGUAGCCGUCGCUCCCUUUGCGGCGAUCGGGAGUAGAGAUGAGAUCAAUUCCUUGAUGAGCCAGGAACACUUCAGAGAGACGUUGAAGGAGGCUAUGAAGAGGGGAGAAGAUCCUUUAAAGCUGCUCAACAGGUCCAACAAUCCUGCGCAGGCUGCAGGGGAGGGCAUGGAUGCAUCGUCGGAAGCGCAAUUUGGUUACGGUGCGACGAGCGGCGCACCUCAAGGCGAUAAUGCGUUCGCUCCACAAGCUCGUCCUUCGCACUCAGCCCCAUCUUCAAGCAAUGACCAGCCUCGCACUACCGCCGCACCCUUGCCUCCUACUUUCAACACACCCUCUGCAUUCGGAUCAAACGAUCGCGUUUCGUCCGCAUCCGACUACACGCUCUCUUCUUCCUCCUCCUCCAAUCCAACAUCGUUCGAUUCUUCGCUCUCCGAGCCACAAUCGGGCCUCAGAGAUCCACCGCAGCAGCAGCAGCAGCAUCAAAGUCGAUGGGCAGCGCUGCGAAACGAAAAGACGUCUCCCGAAUCCAGUUGGGAGAAGAUUCGACAAGAGAGUGGACGGAGGGACAUGCCGCGUGAGGUCAGAGGGAGCACAUCUCCAGGCUCCCAGUCCGCUCAACAAUCCGACCCGUUUGCGGCACACGGUACUGCGAGGGACAAGUACCAGCGAGCAGGUGUGAGCCAGCUGGAGGGACAAGCAAGCGGGGAUGCGGGCGCACCUGGCUCUGUCAUUGCUGCCGGUGAGGACGAAGGGGCUAGGCAGAGGGAAAGGUAUCGCAGGGAAUUCGAAAUGGGUAUGGAGAGGGAGAGAAGAGGAGUGCAAGGCUCGACGAUAAAUUACAAUUGA